CUCCGUAGUGUUGCAUCAGAUUGGCGUUUUAGCAUCGAUUAAAAAUAAGACUGUAAUGUCUUUUAACUGUUUCAUGUUCAUUUAAAUCAUACACAUUUAAGCUUGUCGCUUGUCGUUUUUAACAUGUGCGACUAUUUUAAGACGACUAAAUUAGUUUGUCUCGUAAGACUGAUAGCUGGCUAAAAAGCUAGCCAAAACAACUCAACAAAAAUGCGGUUUUAGUAUUUUCACCCUGAAAUUACUCUAUAAAUCACUUCAUGUGAAUAUGAGUAUUUGAGCUUGACCAUUCACUCACUGUGGCUUAAAACCCUUUACAGAAUUACGUUUUUGUUUUUUGUUUGUUUUAGUAUGGCUAAACACGCGGUGCUGUCACCUGGUGCCAAAAUGUGGAAAUCUUUGACCUGUGGAAGGUCAGAACUACGUCUGGAUCUGACACUGGACUGUGGACAAACUUUCCGCUGGAGAGAAACCGCAGAAGGCCACUGGACUGGAGUUAUAGGAGGACGAGUGUGGACCCUGACCCAGACGGAUGAUAUGCUGUGGUACUAUGUAUACAAAAACCAUGCCAGCUUUGGUGAAGAGAGUGACAGGAAGAGGAGAGCUGGUAUUUCUCUUCAGGAAUACUCUAAGUCAAAGAGACUCAAAGUGGCUCUGAAGGAGAAAGAGGAGGCAUCAGUGACUGUGUGUCUCAAUCAGGAGGAGGAUGUAGAAGAAACAAUGCUGAGGGAUUACUUCCAGCUGGAUGUGAACCUGGAGGACCUGCACAGGAAUUUUGGAGCAGCAGACCCCCACUUCAGGAAGCUAGCAGACAUUUUCAGUGGAGUGCGAAUGCUGCGCCAGGACCCAACCGAAUGCCUGUUUUCAUUCAUUUGCACUUCCAACAACCACAUUUCUCGUAUCCAGGGCAUGGUGGAGAGGCUGUGCCAAUCAUUGGGUACCCAGCUAUGCCAGCUGGAUCAAUCUUCUUACUAUGACUUCCCUUCCCUCUCUGCUCUUGCAGACAAUGGCAUUGAGGCACGUCUCAGGGACCUUGGUUUUGGAUACAGGGCUCGAUUCUUGCAGCGGAGUGCACAACAGAUUCUAGACACUCAUGGGCUCGAUUGGCUUGAAGGCCUACGGAGUGUCCCAUAUCCACAGGCCCGAAAUGCUCUGCGGACUCUCCCUGGUGUGGGCUCCAAGGUGGCAGACUGUGUGUGUCUGAUGUCCCUGGAUAAGGCAGAGGCUGUGCCCGUAGACACACACGUGUGGCAGAUUGCAAAACGUGACUACAAAUUUGCUGCUGGCAACGGCCAGAAGAGCAUUACAGAAAAACUUCACACAGACAUUGGGGAUUUUUUCAGAAGACUGUGGGGUCCUUAUGCUGGUUGGGCACAGUCGGUAUUAUUUUGUGCAGACCUCAGAAAGUUCCAAAAGUUGAAAGAAAUGCCAGAUGGAAAGCAGCAUGAAGAAAAAAAAAAAAGCAAAACGUAAGAAAAGGAUUAAGACAGAAAAACAUCUGUGAAGAACACAACAAAGUCGGCAUGUAACAGAGAAGCAAACAUAUUUUA